GCUGAGCUGACGGGAAAAGGCCGGGAGAGGAGGGUGCCCCGGAGCAGCCGCCUCCCAAAGGGCCCAGGUCCCUUCGCAGGGUGGUCGGGAAAGACCAGAACUAUGUGACUCAGUCCUGGGACAGGUUUGCCCCGCCCCCCCCCCCACCCCAGCUCAGGGCCUGAGUGCCUUUUUCUGCCUUCCAGGGAGAUGAGCCAAGCAUCGCUGCACUUGUGUAAAAGCAUCUUAUGCUGUCUCCUUGAGAUGCUCAGCAAAGAGAUGCCAUACUGGGAUUUCCCCGCCCUGGCGUUCCUUGUGGAGGUCCUCGAGUGCCUGGACCUGAGUGAAUGCGGUGACAGCAUAAUGGACGUCGUAACAAGACACCUGAAGAGCGAGCGCAGGGAGAUGCGUCGCCUGGCACUCAGGGUCCUCCUCUUGCUCAGGGAUGAUCCCUCAAUGGCCGAAAGAAUGUGGAGCCUGACUAAAAGCCUUGUGGUGCUCCUGCGGGAUAGCGACAACGACGUGGUUAGGAUGACCGUCGUUCUCCUGACUUAUUUCUUCCUGGACAAGGAUGCCCCGAUACCGAGCCCCAUCGCCCUGCAGCUGGCUGAGGCCCUCCUGCCACUCUUUGACAACGAUGACAGCCAGGUGCAGCUGCUCUCCAUGUUUGUCUUCAGAACACUGAUGUCUUUUGUCAUAGAAAAAGAGCCCCUGAAAACACAAGUGUGCCAGAGCCUGCUCCCACUCUUCUUCCACUGCCACGAUGAGAACCAGCACGUGGCAGAGGCUUCUCGGGAAACGCUGCUUUGUGCGGUCCAGUUCCUGAAGAGGAGAGAUCUCGAAAAGCUGGUGAAGAAGGAGAAGCUGUGGAAGUUCGCCGAGUGCCUGCUGGCAGAGGACAGGAGCCAAGCGGCCGAGCACCUGCGCCUGGCCCUGCCGUACCUGGAGAACCCGCAGGAGCCCCUGCGAGAGGCGGCCGUCAGGUUCAUGGAGAUUGCCGGGCGGAGCAUGAGGGGGCAGCACAAAGAGCUCCAGCUCAUGUGCAAAGCCCUUGAACACCUGACAGAGGACAUCAGCCCUGCUGUCUCCAACCUGGCACUUCAAACAUUGUACGUUCUCCGGUCACUAGAGACGUCUCGAUACUCCAUAUUCCGGAGGCUGCAGGAUCAACUCCGCAGGGCAUGGAAGACACGGCCUCGGCUGUCGAGCCUUGGCCGGCUGUGUUUCUGGAGCUCUGCGGAGAGCUGAUCUGGGAGGCUCUGCCUGCUGGGGCCACCUGAGCCAGAGGGGAUUUUCUUUUCUUUAAGAAUUUUCUUUUCUUUUCUAUAUUCUGUAGAAUAUAAAUAUAGAAUGUGUUAUAAUA